GCAGCUGGAAUGGUGAAUAAAACCAUGUAUCAGCCGGAACCAGAUAAAGGAUAUCCACCAUUAGCACCUUACCCGCAGCCAGGUGUAGGAGCUGCCUAUCCACCCCCUCCAGCCUAUGGACCACCUCAACCAACAGUUGUUAUGGCUCCUGUAUCCACAACAGUGGUAAUGGCAACCUCAUUUUCUGAUAGACCUACAUCUUGCAUGUGUCCAGUUUGUCGCCAGAACGUAGUGACAAGAGUGGAAUAUAACUCAGGACUCCUUGCCUGGCUUAUCUGUGGCAUUCUGGUUUUAUUUGGUUGCUGGUUGGGAUGCUGCCUCAUUCCCUUUUGUGUGGACAGCUGUAAGGAUGUUGACCACUUUUGUCCAAACUGCAAUAAUCAUCUGUCAAAGUACAAAAGACUAUAAAGAACACCUGAAGAAGCCAGUUGACAUUUUUGAAUUAUAGUAUUGUCCAUGCCUGGCUUUUUAUCUGCAAAAUUACAAGGAAAUCAUGCAUUAAGCAGUCCUAUUUGAACAUAAAAUGAUCUGAUUCUAUAAACUUUUGGUUUGUUCAUGUACUAUAUAGAUUUUAUACCAUGAUUUGAACUUGUGUGAAACUUUUCUUAUACCGAUU